GAGCGAGCUGGUAGGCGACCCAAUCUGUUUUUAAAGUUCGACGCAAGACGCUGUCGAAAUGCAACUAGCCACCCUACUUCUUCUCUGUCCUUUGGCACUGGUCACGGCCAAUAUCAGAGAGGAACUGCUGCUACCCCACCUGAUUAAUGUGCCUUCAGCCCCAGGCGACAUCGUUGAUCCACAAACCUAUUUGAGUACCUCCAGACUCCGACGUCUGUCGGUUGAGUUUUUUAGCUACUAUGAAAACUUUACGGCGUCAGACUUGCUACAGGAGAUAUUUGGAAAGAGGGAUUCCCGGUUGCCCACGCAGGAGGAUGCGCAGUGCAUUGCGGAUAUAGCUCUAAUCAGCCGGGAUCUGAUGGCAACCAAACUUUGGGCCCUAAAAGUUAUUGACUCGUGGGGCUUCCUACCAUCGGGAAUCCUCACUGGGAACCUGAUAGACUUGGGAAACUACGAUGAGUGCCUGAGCAUAAACCACGCCGUAACCUCGAGUCACAGUGUCAAGGGAAAGUACUGUUUUUCGAGGUACCCACUUGCUCCAAACAUAUCGCCACUGUUGGCACUUAAGACAGCGGUCUGCUUCCCCGCAUCCUGUUCUGCGGACAUAAUGGAUACUAUGAUGCGUAAGCUCUUCCGAACGCUCCUCAAUGUUGAGCUUGGUGAGGAGGACCUCUUGGUGACGGAAGAUUCAUGCCAAACCUCGGAAAGGGAACCAUUCGAUGGACUCACUAUUUUUAUCAUAGUUAUCCUCUCCAUAUUGGCUACUCUUACCGUGUUGUCGACCAUUCUUGACUAUUUCUACAAUGGCAAGAACACCCUGAAUCCUCUGGUUAAGGCCUUUUCGGCACGCGCCAACUGCCGGUUUCUGUUCCAAAUCGUAGAGACCAGGUCCAAUCCCAACGUCAUCGACUGUCUGCACGGAAUCCGGUGCCUGUCUUUCAUCUGGGUUGUCUUCGGGCACGACUACCUCGUGUAUCUGUAUUCUCCUAACUUAAACUAUGUCGACCUGCACUGGUGGCGUAGAUCGGCUUACAGCAUGUUACUACAGCAUGCGGCGUACUCCGUGGACACGUUCUUCUUCUUAAGCGGCCUUCUCCUGGUGAUAAUAGCCUUGCGAACUAUGGAGAAGACUAAUGGAAAACUGAAUGUUCCUCUGAUGUACUUGCACCGCUUUUUACGCCUUACUCCUAUUUUGGCCAUGGCUAUUCUCAUCUACACGAAAAUCCUGCCGCGAAUGGGCGAUGGGCCGCUAUACGGAUCCGUGAACUUCGACGACUACUCUGUUUGCGAGAAAACAUGGGCCUGGACGCUCCUGUAUGUUCAAAACUACGCUACAAACAGUAUUUGUCUAGGUCAUUCCUGGUACUUGGCAGUGGAUAUGCAGCUCUAUAUUCUGUCCCCCCUCAUCUUGAUUGCGCUUUAUAAAUGGGGCAGAAAGGGAGUCGCCGGCAUUGUCAUGGCAAUGUUGCUUCUAGCUUCCUGUCUAUUCAGCAUGAUGGUCAUUAACAACAUUUCGCUAAUGACUCAGAGCGAUGGGGCCAUGGAAAAGAUAUACUUUUCAACACACACGCGGGCCUCCCCCUAUCUUAUUGGUGUCCUGUUCGGAUACUUCCUUCACGUUAACCGAGGCAAGGCCUUUAAGCUUAACUGGGUCGCUGUUGUCCUGGGAUGGGCCUUCAGCUCGGCUUUGCUCCUUUGCUGCAUAUUUAGCGUUUACGGGCACGAGAGUAACUUUGAGACGCCUUCCAUGCUGCAGGAAGCCUUCUAUCUGACCUUUACCCGGAUAGCCUGGCCAUUGGGCUUAAGUUGGGUGGUGUUCGCAUGCAUGCAGGGCUACGGAGGAAUCGCCAACAGCAUCCUCUCCUCCCCUCUGUGGCAGCCUAUGUCACGUCUGUCAUACUCCGCCUACAUCUUCCAUAUGUUUGUAGAGAGUCUGAAUGCCGGGCUCGUGCGGAGUAAUACUUACUUCAGUGAUUACCAAGUGAUGCUUCGGUUCUGGGCAGACUUUGGAUUCACCAUACUCCUCGCUUUUGUCGCCUUUAUUAUAAUUGAGGCGCCCUUUGGGAAUCUCGAAAGACUCUUGCUUCCCACCAAGAAGACCAAUCCCCCCACAAAAGCUGCACACCUUAAGGGAGAGUCGGAGCGCGGAAAAGAAAUCGAAACUUCGGGACCGGCUCCGGUAAAAGACACACGGCUUUAGGACUUGGAUGUGCAUUUAAAACUAGUUUUUA